UGCUUGAAUUUUCAUAAAGAAAAAAUAAAAUCAAAAUUUUAUGUUGAAGUCAUUGUAAUCUCGAUGUUGUGUAAUGAAUUUUUACCUGUUCGAUGCUGCCAUCUUCAAUCUCGGUGUUGAAGGAGAGCAAUAGAGUUUCAUGGAGCAGAUUUUCUAGAUCUUCCACGUAUAAAGGAGCUGCAUUAAUGGAAGCAAAAACGCACGCAUCAAAAAAUUAUUGAAGAAGGUUAUUUUAAUGGCGGAUGUUGAUUUACAGAAGAGGGAUAAUAACGUUUGGAAUGAGAGAACCAAGAGAAGACAUCAGAGACGAGAUUCAGUGAUUUUUGGUGAGAGUCGCGACCUCCCCAUUGAUUUUCAAUGGCCAUUUGAAGGCCGUCCCACCGUGAAAACACUGAUGAAAUAGCCAUUUGGAGGUUGGAGACAGAUCCCGCCUUGUAAUUGGUUGAGGUUAAUCCAUCAAUUGGCUCCAUGGAUGAACCUCAGAAUUUCGUCUUCGUUUUUGCUCUCCCUCUUCCUAAACCUCGAAAUCUUCUUUUUCCUUUGUCUCUCCUAACUGAGUUAUCAGAGAAUGAGAGAGAGAGGGCGGUUGGAUUCAGUAAUUAAUGGCAGAAUUGGGCGGAGAGAAAAUCGGAGAUGUGUUUUGAGAGAGAGGCGGAGAGACAUUCGGGCUUUUUUUUUUAAUAUAUAUAUAUAUUCAAAUGAUAGAGCUCGAUUCCAUGGCUUCUCGAAUUCCCGCCAAAUUCAACUGAAUCGAAGUAACUUCAUAGAAGAAGAUUCUUUGUUUCUUCUUCAUUCUGAUCUAACAGAUAAUGAUCUUUGCGAUUUUCAACCAUGCCGUUUCUCUCGCAAAACUCGCUCGCUUCAGUGGUCGAAUUGGCCGUAUCGGUUCGCUCUUCUCUUCUUGGCCGAGCCGCCCACGCCCAAAUUCUCAAAACCCUAAAAACCCCCUUUCCAGCCUUCCUCUACAACCACCUGGUGAACAUGUACGCUAAACUUGACCAUCUUAACUCGGCCAAACUCAUCCUUGAACUCGCCCCUUGCCGCUCCGUUGUUACUUGGACUGCCCUCAUUGCCGGUUCAGUCCAAAACGGCUGUUUUGUUUCCGCUCUGCUUCACUUCUCCGACAUGCUAAGUGACUGUGUUCGACCCAAUGACUUCACUUUCCCUUGCGUUCUCAAAGCCUCCACUGGCCUUCGCAUGGAUACGACAGGCAAACAACUACAUGCGCUUGCGGUUAAGGAGGGAUUAAUAAACGAUGUCUUCGUCGGGUGCAGUGUCUUCGACAUGUACAGCAAAUUGGGGUUUCUUAAUGACGCAUACAAGGUUUUUGAUGAAAUGCCUCAUAGAAACCUCGAGACGUGGAAUGCGUAUAUAUCUAAUUCUGUGCUCCAUGGGCGACCUGAAGACUCUGUUAUUGCAUUUAUUGAGCUACUUCGAGUUGGUGGGAAGCCAGAUUCCAUAACAUUUUGUGCUUUUUUGAAUGCGUGUUCAGACAAACUAGGCCUGGGGCCUGGGUGUCAGCUUCAUGGGUUCAUUAUUCGAAGUGGGUAUGGGCAGAACGUCUCUGUUUCAAAUGGGUUGAUUGAUUUUUAUGGGAAAUGUGGGGAGGUUGAAUGUUCUGAGAUGGUUUUUGAUAGAAUGGGAGAGCGGAACAGCGUAUCUUGGUCCUCUUUGAUAGCUGCUUACGUUCAAAACAACGAGGAAGAGAAGGCUUCCUGCUUAUUCUUGCGAGCAAGGAAAGAGGAUAUCGAACCAACUGAUUUUAUGGUAUCAAGUGUGCUUUGUGCCUGUGCUGGUCUUUCAGAAAUCGAGUUUGGAAGGUCAGUUCAAGCACUAGCCGUCAAGGCUUGUGUAGAGCAGAACAUCUUUGUUGCAAGUGCACUGGUUGACAUGUAUGGAAAAUGUGGAAGUAUUGAUAACGCUGAGCAGGCCUUCAACGCGAUGCCAGAGAGAAACUUGGUGUCUUGGAAUGCAUUGUUGGGCGGAUAUGCGCACCAAGGUCAUGCAAACAAGGCUGUGGCAUUGCUCGAGGAGAUGACAUCGGCGGCAGGCAUUGUGCCAAGCUAUGUUAGUUUGAUCUGUGCAUUAUCAGCUUGCAGUAGAGCAGGAGAUUUGAAGACGGGGAUGAAGAUUUUUGAGUCCAUGAAAGAAAGGUACGGUGUGGAACCAGGGCCAGAGCAUUAUGCUUGCUUGGUAGAUUUGCUUGGACGUGCUGGAAUGGUGGAAUGUGCUUAUGAUUUUAUAAAGAGGAUGCCAUUUCCUCCUACAAUCUCAAUCUGGGGUGCUCUGUUGGGGGCUUGCCGAAUGCAUGGGAAGCCAGAGUUGGGGAAGUUGGCCGCUGAGAAGCUGUUUGAACUUGAUCCAAAAGACUCUGGAAAUCACGUUGUGCUGUCUAAUAUGUUUGCUGCAACCGGAAGAUGGGAAGAAGUGACUGUCGUACGAAAUGAGAUGAAAGAGGUAGGGAUCAAAAAAGGAGCUGGGUUCAGUUGGAUAACAGUAGACAGUAGAAUUCAUAUGUUUCAAGCGAAAGACAAGAGCCAUGAGAAGGACCCUGAAAUUCAGGACAUCCUGGGAAAGCUGAGAAAGGAGAUGCAGGAUGCUGCUGGUUGCAUUGCAGACCCCAAUUAUGCCCUUUUCGAAGUGUCGAAUUAACCAGAUAUGGCUGCCACCACAAGAGCAAUGCUCUUGCCGUCAAUUCUGCAG